UCAGCGCGCAUGCGCGUUCAAAGGCUCAGGCGGCGUUUUCAAAUUGUUUGUGUUAGCAUUCAGAUGGUUAAAUUGCUUUCAUUUCCAUACGUUUCUUUCAACGCAGUGGAGAGCGCCCACUUUACAUCAGGUGUAAACCCCAUCCCCGAUGUAAAAACGUGAAGAGUGAUGAACAAAACGAGCUACAAUGGAAGAGGGACUGAUCAACGUCAAAGCUCUGAGAGCCAAGUUUCAGGAAGAGGCCCUGGUGGCUCAAUCUAAAACCAGUCGACCAGCUGUUGCAGAGAAGCCAAAACACCUUCCUCCUCCAGGCGGUCACUGCAGCUCUGUGGUUAGUGGUAUUAAUAUCGCUGUAGAGAACAAAACACAAGUUCCUCGGGUCAUCUUCAGAGAUGGGCUGCGGUCAUCUGGAGGCAAGCGACCAAUUUCCUUCCCACCACAGACUCAGCAGACCUCCUCCUCAUCUCAGCUUGCUAAUGGAGAGAGCACAACUAGGCAGUCCCUCAAAGACCGACAUAUGCCUCUGGUGCUUCCUGCCCUGCCUGUAAAAGAGCAAAAGACAGAAGUACAAGCCAAAAAGGAGCACAAACUCGAACCAGAGCCAGGGAAAGAUGUCGUGCCACAUACUAAAAUCAAAAAGAAAGGAUUGCUGCUUCCUUUCAAGUCCACCAAAGCAUCAAAAGUCAGUGCAGAAAAUGGAGAGGAGCCUACGUAUGCUGAUUUGACCACCAGACCUUCCAGUGCUCCUGCCGAGUUGCCCUCUGUGGAAAAACAAACUGCAGAAGAUGGGAUUUCUCUGCAUAGUGACCAAUCAACCACUGAGUUCCCUCCCUCCAGUCCAGAUAUUCCAAUCAGCCCUCCUCCUGCAGAGACAAGUGUUGACUCUGACAGCAAAAACAGCACUUUGGAGAGGGCUAAGAAGAAAUUUUCACGCAGGCAGAUGUUUAUCUCUGCAAAAUCUAAAAGCCUGCGUUCACCUGACAACACCCCAAGGGACAAAAUGUUACCUUCGCCGCCAAAAAAUAUUGAAAGCGCUGAGCCUGAGCUGUCCUUACCUUCAGCAGGGUGCCUUCCACACCUGGCUUGUAUUUCAGCCCGGCCUUUCUUCAAAGCCAAGAGCUCUGGACGCAAGUCUCCGUUGAGUAGGCAGUUUGGCAGGAAUAAAGCUGAACUUCCUGCUGUCAGAGCUGCUGAACUUCAUCCAGCAGCUGCUCCUCCAAAGAAGCCUCUGCCAGAUUUAAGGGUACUGGGGUCAAUGCCUCUGAAGCCCCCCAGGCCUCAAUUAGUAGAUCUCAGCGCUUACAUCUCACCCACUGUUAAUGAGGUGUCACCAGGCUUGAGCCAAGCACCGAGCGACGAGCCAGAGUCCAUCCCCAACCCUGUGCUAGACGCUCCAGAGUUUCCAGACUUUGAGAAUUCGGAGAUGGACACAGCAGAGGGCGAUGCUGUUGACAUUGCUGCAUUAGAGCUUGAGGCCUUAGACUUACUCGGCACAGACGUUCCUGUGCCAGAUGACUGCGGGGGCUCAGAUUUUGGAGAUCCACAACCUGAGUUGUCUGUGUACGAACCUGCAGAGCCCCUUAUGAGCACCGCCUUCCAAGAUGUGAACCUUGGCAAUCAGGACUUAAUACCCCUCGAUCCAGUCAGCUUCUCUGAACCAAUAAACCUCACAGAGUUCACAGAGCCAGCUGCAGCAGAGCAGUGGCCUCAGAGUGAGGAGGUCAGCACGGACCCCCUGUCUAACUCUCAAGUUGAUGAAGCUGAUCUGGGAGCUGCUGAGUCUUACUCUGCUGCACAGGAAACAGACAGUGGUAACCACUCAACAUUAAAUGAGGGAAUUCAACCACAUCAAGGUGUAACUCAACAGGACAGUUACUAUGAGACGAGUGAUAACGUGUAUGAGGACGUUGAGAACCUUAACAAAUUUAUCCUGGCCCAGAACCUGCGUAAAGGAAAAGGCAGUAUAAAGAAUCCAUAUGCUGACAACCUCCUGAUGAAGGAGGAGGCGUGUCUUCACAUAUGGCCGAGGAAUCCCUGGGCAGCCAGCAUAUCAGGAGAACAUGUCCAUUCAGCUCACAGUCAUACCCUCCGAAAAGAACCCCAAAGCCCCACCACUGCUGACCUUAAAGAACAGAAGAAGAGGGAGAAGCAGCGACUGGAGAAGGAGAAAAAGGAGCAGAAGGAGAGGGAGAAGAAGGAAAAUGAGAUGAAAAAGAAGUACAAAGUGACAGGUGAAGAGGAGCCCAUGUACCAUGCCAAAGUGAUUUUGGCGAGCAAGGUCCGCAAGAACGACCUACCCGUGAAAACUGGGGAUAUAGUCAGCAUCAUUCGAACCACCAACUGCCCAAAAGGCAAAUGGUUGGCCCGAGACACAAACCACAAGUACGGUUAUAUUUCAGUCAUGAAUGUUGAACUAAAUAUCAAGGAGAUGCUUGAACUCGGGAAGAAGGCCCAAGCUGCUGGACGAGGAGGCAACCAUGAGGGAGACACUAUCAGCAUGGGGAGCAGAUCCUCUAGCCAUCCUGUAUUGACAAGCAGUUUCACAGAUGACAGUGAGGAGUGGGCCUGUGAGGACGAGACUCUCUCAACCAAUGAAAACUACUUUCCCCAGCAGACGGCCUCAUUGCCUGAUAUGUCGUGCAGCCAUGUCAGCGCCCAGCACACUCUGAGCGAUGCCAACCUGGAGGACCUACACACGCAGAUGCGACAUGAGGCCCUGCAGAAACUCAACAUCUUCUUUCAACACAGCAAAGACGACUUUGGCGACGUCGCUGACAGUGAGGGAGCAACCCCGACAAAUGCUGAGCCACAGGACUUCUUGUGCGCUGUUGAGGAGCCUCCGUAUCCUGAACAGGAGGUUGACUUCACAGAGCUGGGACUCCUUCCUCCCCCGCCGCUUUAUGCUGACACCUUCUGAUCACAGUAUUAAGUCAAGCUGUGAAGAAAAGAAACCAUCAGUAAACAAGCUGCUGUUAUGACUGUAUGAUAUUUCUGAUUUUGCCUUUUUGUUUGUGUAGGUGUAUUAUCACAUAGUGUUCUUUGCUUUUUUCCUUUUAAGUUAAACUGAGCACAAAUUGAGUCAUUGCACUUGAUCCAAAACAAAUGAGACAAAAAGCAAGUUUGUCACCUGUAGUUGUUUGUGUUUAAGGAUUUUUUAUAUGUUUUGUUUCUGUGUUAUAUCAAAUAAAUAUUUG